AUGUGCGAUAUGGCCAUUGUGUUGACGCACGUUGCGUCCCAUGCCAACAUCCGUCCUCUCUCCCAUGGUGUCAAAGCCUUGUCGCCGUUAUGCACGCACGUCCAUCACCAAUGCAACAAGGACCUCCCCAACAAGGUGGUCAGCAACAAGGCGGCCAAGGACAGCAAGGACCUCCCCAACAAGGCGGUCAGCAACAAGGCGGCCAAGGACAGCAAGGACCUCCCCAACAAGGCGGUCAGCAACAAGGCGGCCAAGGACAGCAAGGUGGUCAACAAGGACCUCCCCAACAAGGCGGCCAGCAACAAGGAGGCCAACAACAACAACAAGGACCUCCCCAACAAGGCGGCCAAGGUCAACAAGGAGGUCAACAAGGACCUCCUCAACAAGGCGGCCAGCAACAAGGCGGACAAGGCCAACAACAACAACAAGGACCUCCCCAACAAGGCGGCCAGCAACAAUACGGCCAACAACAACAAGGUGGUCAACAAGGACCUCCCCAACAAGGCGGCCAACAACAACAAGGUGGUCAACAAGGACCUCCCCAACAAGGCGGUCAGCAACAACAAGGUGGUCAACAAGGACCUCCCCAACAAGGCGGCCAACAACAACAAGGUGGUCAACAAGGACCUCCCCAACAAGGCGGCCAACAACAACAAGGUGGUCAACAAGGACCUCCCCAACAAGGCGGCCAACAACAACAAGGUGGUCAACAAGGACCUCCCCAACAAGGCGGCCAACAACAACAAGGUGGUCAGCAAGGACCUCCCCAACAAGGCGGCCAACAACAACAAGGUGGUCAACAAGGACCUCCCCAACAAGGCGGCCAACAACAACAAGGUGGUCAACAAGGACCUCCCCAACAAGGCGGUCAGCAGCAAGGCGGUCAGCAACAAGGCGGACAAGGUCAACAACAACAACAGCAAGGACCUCCCCAACAAGGCGGUCAGCAACAAGGGGGACAAGGUCAACAACAACAAGGACCUCCCCGUCAAUAAAUUUCUGUUUGCUUGUUUAAAUAAUGAUUUCAAAGAACGAGAUCAUUGGAAAUAAGUACGGCAGUUUCACGUGCCACCUUACAAAUUGCGCGGUCUACCGUCGCCUUUGACUAAUGUUCAUGGACUGCAGCUAAUAAAAACCCCAAUUUUUAAAAA